AUGUCUACCGGAACUCCGUCAGUUAACAUCUCUCGCGAAGCAACAUGGAAGGCACACGGUUACCACGCCCGCAAACCACAACCUCACCACCUCGAGAUGGAGGACUAUUUCGCCGGUCCUAGAGAUAUGGCUCGACACUCCAAAUUGCCCUUCUUCAUGCGCCUGCACGGCAGCGUCCUGCCCAAGAUGCUUCUGCCACUUCUCUUCAUCGGCGGCUGGGCAACUGCAAUCACUUUGAUCUCAAAAUUUACUCGCGCCAACCUGGGUAUCAACUCGCUCUUGUUGACAGUACUGGGUUUCGUGGUCGGUUUGGCUUUGUCCUUCCGCUCGUCGACCGCCUAUGAGCGCUACAACGACGGCCGUAAAUACUGGUCCCAACUGACGCUGUCUUCACGCAAUUUGGCACGUCUGAUUUGGGUACACGUCGAAGAAAGACAUAGUGAGUCUGAGGAGCUGGGCAAGCGCGACCUGCUGGCAAAGCUGAGUGCUCUCAAUCUACUCAAUGCUUUUGCCGUCGCUCUCAAGCACCGUCUGCGCUUCGAACCCGCCAUCGAGUACCCGGAUCUCGAGCCAUUGGUCGCCCACCUCGAUCUGAUGGCCAGUACGGCCGAUCAAGUCGCGCUUCGCAAGAAGAAGCAAACACCAUGGAAGUCUGCCGGCGAGUACCUAGGCGUCUCAUUCGCAGAGUCCAACCCCCGCAAGCUGAUCAAGCGCGCCAACGAUAAUUUGGGCAAUCCUCCUGCAGAAAUCUUGACAUACCUCUCUUCGUACAUGGAACAUGUUAUUCAGGAGAAGACUAUGACUGUUCCCAUACACCAAACUUGGGGAUUCCAAUCGAUUGGAUCGCUGGCGGACGUCCUCACUGGCUGCGAACGUGUGCUGAACACUCCCUUGCCGAUUGCAUACACUAUCUCCAUCUCUCAGAUCACCUGGGCCUACGUCCUAGUCUUGCCGUUCCAAUUGUACAAGUACCUGGACUGGGUCACCAUUCCCGGCACCAUGCUGGCGGCCUACAUCAUCCUCGGUCUCUCUAAGAUCGGCACCGAGAUUGAGAAUCCCUUUGGCAACGACGUCAACGAUCUUCCCCUCGACGAUUACUGCCGCGAACUGGCUGCCGAUAUCGAUGUUUUGACCAGCACACCCGCUCCCCGUAUCGAAGACUGGGCAUAUGCUCCCAACAACCGUGUGCUGCAUCCCCUCAGUGCUACUGGUUUCGCGGGUUGGGAACACAGAAGUCUCGAAGAGAUUCGCGAGGCUCUCAGAGCAAAGGCUACCACUUCGGUCAAGUCAAUCCACGCUGAUAGGUCGGAAACACCUUUGGCUGAGCCCAAGGUUGCCACCGUCUGA